AUGGAGGCGGCCGGCGGGGUGUUCCCGUUUCGCGACGUCCGCUGGGACCCGGACCCCGUGUUGGAAGCGAGCCCGGCCGUGCGCGUACCGACUCCGGCCCCCCUGGUGCUGGACAAUGGCUCGUUUCAGCUGCGGCUGGGCUGGGCCUGCCCGGAGACCGCCGAGCCUCUGCUCCGCUUCCGCUCCUUGGUGGCUCGGAGCCGAGGAGCCCGCGGCGGAGCGGGGCCCGAGACGCAGGUGGGCAACGACCUGGGCAGCCCCGAGCCCCUCCGGUGGCUGCUCCGGUCGCCCUUCGACCGCAACGUGCCGGUCCAGAUGGAGCUGCAAGAACUGCUCUUCGACCACGGCUUCCAGCGCCUGGGCGUCUCCUCCGAGGGCUGUGUCGACCAUCCAGUUGUGAUAACCGAAGCCGUCUGCAACCCUCUCUAUUCAAGACAAAUGAUGUCAGAGCUCCUCUUUGAAUGUUACCAAGUCCCGAAGGUUUCUUAUGGUGUGGACAGCUUGUACAGCUUCUAUCACAAUAAAAAGCAGGGAUGGCCUUGCAGUGGUCUCAUAGUGUCCUCUGGAUAUCAGUGUACCCACAUUUUGCCAGUCUUAGAUGGCAGGUUGGAUGCUAGAAACUGUAAGCGUAUAAAUCUUGGAGGAUGUCAGGCUGCCACGUACCUUCAACGUCUCCUGCAGCUAAAAUAUCCUGGGCAUUUUGCUGCUAUUACACUCAGCCGUGUGGAGGAAAUACUUCAUGAGCACAGCUAUGUUGCAGAAGAUUAUAAAGAAGAGAUGCAGAAGUGGAGAUCACCUGAAUAUUAUGAGAAUAACGUGCACAAGAUGCAGCUGCCUUUUUCAAACAAACUUCUGGGGAGCACCCUGACGUCUGAAGAGAAGCAGGAGAGGCGGCAGCAGCAGCUUCGACGGCUGCAGGAGCUUAAUGCUCGCCGGCGAGAGGAAAAGCUUCAGCUUGAUCAAGAGAGGUUAGACAGACUGCUUUACGUCCAGGAACUGCUAGAAGAUGGUCAAAUGGAUCAGUUUCACAAAGCUUUGGUGGAACUGAACAUGGACUCCGCGGAGGAACUUCAGUCUUAUAUCCAGAAGCUGAGUUUGGCCAUUGAGCAAACCAAGCAGAAAAUCCUACAGGCAGAAGUUAGUGUCGAAGUGGAUGUUGUGGAUAGCAAGCCAGAGCUCCAGAGAGACGGAGCACCUCCUAGCUCUUCUUCCCCUUCCUUCACCCCAUGGUUCUCCUUUCCCCUUCCUGAGAUGCCUGACCUGGAUCCAUUGGCCAGUGAACAAUCCAUGGAAGAUGUGGAAAGUAUGAAUGAAUUUGAGCCUUUGUUUGCUGAGGAGCAACCCGAAGCUGAAAAGCCAGUCACUACAGUACAGCCUGUGUUUAACCUGGCAGAGUAUCACCAGCUGUUCCUUGGCACAGAGAGAAUCCGGGUUCCUGAAGUUAUCUUCCAGCCAUCCUUGAUAGGAGAAGAGCAGGCUGGGUUAGCAGAAACCAUGCAGUUUGUCUUGGACAGGUAUCCUAAAGAGCAGCAGGAAAAACUUGUCCAGAAUGUCUUCCUUACUGGUGGGAACAUGAUGUAUCUUGGAAUGAAAGCCAGAAUCCACAAGGAACUGCUAGAAAUAAGGCCUUUCCAGUCAUCUUUUCAGGUCCAUCUUGCUUCCAAUCCUGUCCUAGAUGCCUGGUAUGGAGCUCGGGAGUGGGCCCUGCAGUACAUGAACCGUGAAGAAGGCUGGAUUACACGCAAAGAUUAUGAGGAAAAAGGUGGUGAAUACCUUAAGGAGCACUGCACUUCCAAUGUCUAUGUCCCCAUCCGUCUCCCAAAACAAGCUCCACGGACAGCUGAAACUCCAGCACCCAAUAAAGCAGUGGGGAGCGCCCCAAACAGCGCCUCUGAGCAAGCGUAAUAUGCAGACCUGCAAGGGGAUGUAACUGCAAGACAGCCAUAAUCUGGGUGAACAAUGCUGUUUUCCAAAGCUGCAAAGCAGCUGCUAGUCUGCAGAACUGGACGUGAAUUGAAGUCUAGCAUUUCUUGUAGGGCGUGCUAUAUUUGGCAUCUCAGUCAAGGUACAUAAACACCUUAAGGAGCAGCUGACAUUUAAACCGUUUCCUACAGCGAUAAAUCUUGAGUGUACUGUGUACAUGGUUACCAUGGAAAGAUUACAGGCUCUGCAUCGUUUUUUGGUGUAAAAAAAAGCAAAGUAAUAUUUCAAAGAAAAUGCUUAUUGGCCUCAUUGAGGCUAACAUAUGUGUUUUAUAUUACAUUGUAAAA